AUGGGUCGCGAUUCUGCACUUUUCAAACAUAUCAUCCAGGUCGACUUUGAAGAAAUCCGGGCAAACGGUUCGGCUUCGGCAAAGCAAGUCUUAUCCCGGAUCUCCGAGUCCGGCCUCGAACACUUCCUAGGCAGUCCAUUCAUUUUAUACCAGGAAGCGGUUGAGGAAUUUUUCAAAACCGCAUCUCUCACCGGAAGAAAAAUAACCGCAACAGUCAGCGGUCAGCAGCUCGAAUUGACAGAAGAGUCGGUUGUUGAUAUACUACGCCUGCCAUCAGAAGGAACCAAUCUCCCGGCGACCUUAGAUCAAGAGACUUUCAAAGCGGCUUUCCAAAUUCUAGCGGAAACCAAGGUUCCUGUCGGGGUCUCCAGAAAGAAAUCAAGUCUUCGACCGGAGUACAGACCGCUAUGUGAUAUCUUCACAAAAUCGGUCCAAGCAAGAGGGGGAAACUAUGAUAGUCUCACCCAGGCAAAAAUCGAGAUGCUUGUCGGUUUAGUAAACGGCGUCAGAAUAAACUGGGCGAAGCAAAACAUACGGUCGCGCCAAUUCACGGAAAGGAAGAGCAACAGGAAGGCCUCUGGUUCUACAGGUGGCCGAAGAAAGAAAGCGGCCGUGAAGAAAACAGCUCCGGUAAAAGAAAUAUUCGAAACCAAGAAAGACAAACAACCAAUCGAAUAUGCUGACCCGCGGUCUGAAACGCCAAAUGAGGAAGAUUCAGCCUCUAAUUCUGACCGAACCGUUUCACACAAUACCGAAGAAAAUCAAUCCGGUAAAGGGCAAGACCGGAUAAGCGAUGAUCAAUUGGCCAGUCUAGACAAUGCUGAUACCGGUGCAGAUGGUCUUGGGGAAGAAGAUGUUCACGCUAACGACAACACCCAGGAGAUGGCCGAAAAUAUCGUGAGUAGAAUCAUGGAGGAAAUCAACCAGCAAGGUCGCGAGGCGUCCGAAAAAAAUACACUCCGAGAACACCGAACUCUCAACUACAACUCUGCGGUCCAAGCGGUCAAGAUAACCGAGACAACAAAGGAUGAUCUUGGCGAGGCGGUCAAGCGGAUCACGUCAGUCGAAACAAACUACGGUAAUACGGAUGUACUGUACGGUUCUCAUCUGGAUCGAACCAAGGCCUUGGAGGAUAUGAUUCCGAAGUUGGUAGAUGACCUCGAGUCGGUCAGCCAAAAGGUAGCAGAGAUGGAACGGUCUCAAGAAAAGACCGAGCAACGGUUGACAAAGGUCGAUGAGGACCUGGCGCGGUCAAGUGCCCAAGCCGGUUCAACACUCGGCAUGAUCAUAAGUCUUGAAGAAAAGAAUGCAAGCCUUGAGGAAAGGAACACCAAGCUUGAAGCCAACCUCAAGGCGGUCACCGAACAGGUGACUGAAUUAAUAACGACCAAGCUAGCUGCAGAUAAAGCAACCGAGGAGGCGAAUGCCCUCGCGGCUCGGCAACAUCAAGAUGCGCUGGACGAGGAGACGCUGAAACAGAAGGAAGCGGUAGCGACUGAUGCGAACAUAGCCGCCCACAUACAGAAAAAUAGCCGAAAAUGCACCGGAAAUCGCAAAGUCCAUAGCAGCUCAAGCAGCCGAAGAUGCUAA